AAAGCCCACGUCAUAGCUCGCGGUGCUCGCCCCCCUCCAUCACAAUAAAACGCACACCCUCAUCAUACGGUGCUAAUCACUCAUCACUCAUCGAUCAUCAUUAACCUUCUUCACACCGCAUUCUACUGGUACUCAUCGCUUGAGCACACGAUAGAACGAUGAACGGAAAUCAAGGACUCGAAGCCCUGGCUGCUCUAUGCCAAGGGGAAACAGCAGCCGCUACUAACAACGACAACAGCACGCAAGUUAACAGCACUGAGAAUGGUGCUACUGUUUCCGCGGGUGCUGUUCUGAAUCAUCCUCAGUCCCCAACAGCUCAACAACCCACAUUGCAAGCGGGCGCUGCUAUCCAGCAAGCGACAACAGCAGAAGGCUUGGCACGACAACAAUGGCAACAGGCUAUGGCUGCCGCCGCUGCAAUUGGAGCUGGCUCUGCGGCUACUGCAAAUGUGCCCGCACCAGCUCCUACUGCGAACGGCUUAACAACUGCCCAAAGUCUCGCCAUCCUAUCUGCUGGUGCCCUGCAACAAGCAGCGCUUCAGCAGCAGCAGCAACAACAACAGGCAGCAGCUCAGCUACAGCCACCACCGCAGCAACCAAAACCAAAUUUGGAUCCUAAUGCAGCCUUGGCUGCAAUGCAACAGUUGGCUUACUUUCGGUAUAUCCAGGAUCAGACCACAGCUGCCGUGGGCAAGUUUGCUGCUCAAAAUGCAGCAGCUAACAUGAAUCCAUUGCUCCAAUCUAACCCCCAAGCAGUUGCCUUGGCUUUGGCAGGCCAUGCACAGCAGCUUCAGCAGCAUUUCGGAGAUGCUACAGGAAGACAACAAGUUCUACCCCCGGCGGCGGCGGCUCCAGCAGCAAAUGCUACAGGAAGCCAAACCGAAUCCUCGUCUUCGUCUGUUAGUAGCAUGCCACCACCUCAAAAUCAAGCGGGUGUGGCAUCGCUUCCAAGCACACUGAGCACGGCCGGAAUUGGCGCUGCACCCAACGCGGUGGCUCGACAGCCCAACGCAGCGCCUCGGCAGCCCAAACCAGCGCCUCGACAGCAUACAGCUAUUGCACCUUUACCUAAGGCAGUGGCAGUGGCGGCAGACACAAGUGCAGCUAUGCCUUUGGCGAUGCCCGACGCCAAUGUGGGUGGUGUGGGAGUCGUGCUCGAAGACAAGAAGCUGCAAAAGAGGGCGGCCAAUCGCAGAUCGGCACAGCUGAGCCGCAAACGUAAAAAGCAGUUUAUCGAAGAACUCAAGGACGAAAACGACGAGCUUCGACGCAAGGAGCAGAUCCUUCGAUCGAUUCCAGAUCUGAUCGUCGUGUUCGAUUCCACGGGCAGGCUGUGGUUCGUAUCUCAGUCCGUCUCGAGAUUCAUGAGCAUGUCGGCUUCGGAGCUGGAAGGAACGUCCUUCUGGGACCGUCUCUGUGAAGACAGCGUCCGCCUCCUCAAGGCUGCGUUCAUGGAUUCGUUGGCUGCUCGAACGGACGACUCCGAUACUGCACCUCUUGGAUCUGGCAUUUGGGAAUUGAGGCUUGUGGAUAAGGAUGGCAGCCAUAAGGUUGUCACCUUGAACGGAGUGGUACAUUUCUCGGGCGAUCGACCGGAAUGUGUAUGCAGUAUCCGUCCAAGAGAUGACCCAUCCAUGCCGUCACCGAAACGGAAGGCGAUGGCAAGCGAAGAUGGUCUCAAGAAAAACGAAGAGGGCAGCAAGGCCGCUGAGGUUGAGACCCCGUCAUCGAUGGAAAGCGAUGGUGGGGCACACUUUCAGUCACUCAUUCGGGCCAAGCCCCAACAAAGUGUCAUUAGCGGUUCGUCCGGUGCUUCAGGCCUGGUCCAAAAGGUAAAACCAGCCGGUGGCAAUGGCAAGCGACGAGAAGCUGCACGCAUCAGUGAUGGCGAUAGUGGGAGCGCAGACAGUGGGAGCAGCGAUGAGUUGGGGGAGUAGACCGGGAAGACAACCGUCACUCCUCUUGUACAGUGUACAAACCGCGAGAUUUCGUUUUCCUUGCACUGAUUGGCCAUGCCAAAGGUAUUGGGAAGAGAAAUCCAGUCGCGUUGAUGUUCUGUGUCAGUACGACAUUUUGCCAUCGGGUCUGCAUGCUCAUUUAUGACUAUACAUGCUGUCAAUAAGUUACAUACUGAAGUAUAUAUGUUACAUUCUACAUAUCUUAAGGUCUUUAUAGUCGUGAAGAACUAUUCCUGCCGUACCACUCGUACAAGCU